AUGGCAGACAAUGCUACACAUCACUACAUCUCAUCUUUUUUCCUGGUUGGUAUUCCUGGUUUGCAAGAUUUUCACUGCUGGAUUGGCAUCCCCAUCUGCCUCCUGUUUGCCCUGACCCUGGUGGGGAACAGUGUAAUCAUCAUUACCAUAAAAUUAGAACCAAGCCUCCACCAGCCUAUGUAUUUCUUCCUGUGUAUGCUGGCAGUGAAUGACAUGGCUCUUGCCUCUUCCACGGCCCCCAAGAUGCUUGGUAUCUUCUGGCUGGAAGAUCACAGGUUUGACUUUAGUAUCUGCUUAGCACAAAUGUAUUUCAUCCACACUUUCUGCAUAAUUGAAUCAGCUCUCUUGGUUUCCAUGGCCUUUGAUCGCUAUGUAGCUAUUUGUAUCCCACUGCGUUAUACAACCAUCCUGACGACACCAAUGGUCAUUAAAAUGGGUCUGGCUGGUGUGACUCGAGCUACCCUUAUGGUUUUGCCCUGUCCUCUUCUUAUUAAAAGGCUACCAUAUUAUACUAAAUCUGUCAUCAAUCAUGCUUACUGUGAGCACAUGGCUGUGGUGAAGUUGGCCAGUGCCAACACCCAUAUUAACAGAGUGUAUGGAAUCUCUGUGGCCCUUUCAGUGAUGGUGUUGGACCUGGGGCUCAUAGCCACAUCCUAUAUCAAAAUCCUCCAGGCAGUCUUUCGGCUGUCUUCCCAGAAUGCCCGCUCAAAAGCACUGGGCACCUGUGCUGCCCACGUGUGCACUAUACUUGUCUCCUACACCCCUGCACUGUUUAGCUUUCUAACUCACCGCAUUGGCAAGAAGGUACCUCCAAGCGUCCAUAUAAUUUUUGCAAGCUUGUACCUUUUGGUGCCUCCCACAGUCAAUCCCCUGGUGUAUGGUGUCAAGACCAAGCAGAUUCGUGACCGAGUGGUUGGUCUCUUCUUCCCAAACAAGAAUAUUUCUGAAAACUAA